AUGCGCAUAAUGCGGAAUGAGAUGCAGACAAUCAGCAGGAAGCUGGACGGCUUGGACCACAAAGUAGAUGGUUUGGAUCGGAAGGUAACGGUCUCGAACCGGAACGCAGUGGUGCGAGCUCGGAAUGGCACGGUUGUCCGCGGAGACAUGGACCUGGUGCCCCUGCACAGCGUUCUCACGGGCGAAGUGAUCGAUGAUUUUCCCGACAACGUGGAUCAACUGGAGCGACUGCAUGCGCGAGACGUAGAUCAGUUGCUGCGCCACCUAGGGGAACCUGUGACAGGCUCGGCAGCGGAGAAGAAGAGGAAUCUGAAGUUUGCGACAGGGCUAGUGACACGGGAGCUGUGA